AUGGGACAAACACUUUCCGAGCCGAUUACAGAGAAGGAUACACAUGAGGGACAAGAUGAAAACUUUGCAUAUGCCGUUUCCUCAAUGCAGGGAUGGCGAAUAAAUAUGGAGGACGCCCACGCAACCGAACUGUCAUUUGGAGCACAGAAACAUAAACACACACAAACAUAUAUAUGGAUAUGUAUGUAUGUAUCGAUAUAUAUAUAUAUAUAUGUAUAUGUAUAUGUAUAUGUAUAUGAAUAUGUAUAUAUAUGUAUAUGUAUAUGUAUAUGUAUAUUUCUAUGUAUAUGUAUAUGUACAUGUAUAUGUACAUCGGAUAGGAUAUAUUGUGCGAAUGCUGGCGACUCCAGGGCCAUGCUCUCGGUCAAAGGCGUUGAAUUCCCCCUCUCACACGAUCACAAGCCUACAAAUCCUGACGAGAUAAAACGUAUUGUUGCGGCUGAUGGAUACGUGGAAUUUGGGCGAGUACGCGGCAAUCUGGCGCUCUCCCGAGCCGUAGGCGACUUUGAGUUCAAAACAAAACCGUCUUUGCCUGCAGAAGAACAAAUGGUCACCGCAAAUCCUGAUAUUAUUGAACACGCCCUCGACAAAGAUGUUGAGUUUAUGGUCGUGGCCUGCGAUGGUAUCUGGGAGUGUAUGACAAAUCAGGAAGUGGUGACUUGGGUUCGCGAUCGCCUUGCCAUUCAUCAGCCACUGACAAAGAUCUGCGAAGACCUCAUGACCAAAUGCUUGGCCAAAGACUCACCCUCAGGCCCAAUGUUUGGCUGUGAUAACAUGACCGUGUGCGUUGUACUGUUUCUGCAUGGUGGCAAGAGUGUGCAAGAUGUCAUGCUCGAUAUAGCAAAGAGUUCAGAUCUACUAGCAAUGAAGAAACAGACCAAGCCGCCUGCAAUUAGUUCUCGAGAGGAAGGGAGAGUGAAGAUGGCACCCACCGCCACAACAUUGGACGAAGAGGAGAACAAAUCUGAUACAGUGGAAAAAAGUGAGAAAGCGGAGACCUCCUAAGGCCUCGAUGUAUAUUAGCUGCGAGUGGGUCGGAUUCUUUUGAGAAACUAAAAUACGUGCUACAGUGGAACCAUAGUCGGUGCUGUAAGGGAACUAUACUAUUUGCUAUCGUACUACUAUACAUUGUGCUAUAGUAGGACUAACAUGUGUGAGAACCGAGCGCAUGGUACUGUGCGUGGAAAGCGAGCAGCUUGCCACAUAUGAUGAGCAUAUGUAAAGUACGCAUGUGGAGCACGUGCCUUUCAAGACGUAUGAAAUGCAUAGUGUUUAGUUUGUACUUGUAUUGGGGUUGGUCCUUGAAUGCUUCUUCAUGAAUGGUUUUGAACCAGCCUGACAAUGGAUUAGUGCUCAUAGUCUCGGUGUAGCAGCCCUGUACGUACCCGAAUCCGAGGAGAUUGAGCUUCACUUCGGCAACGGGUUUGUAUCGUGUGGUGUAGGACCAAUUUGAAGUAUUACAAGGCAACGGGGUGUCUGGUUGCAGGUGGUAAUGAUAAAGGUAAUGCUGCUUCGUAUGCGCAACAGAAUUCAGAGCUACUAGCAAUGAAGAAACACACCAAGCCGCCUGCACUUACUUCUCGAGAGAAGAAGGAGUGAAGAUAAGCUAGAUGCCUGGCAUGGAUGCACUAUCUCCAUUGUUUUCGACUACCUGGGCGGGCGAGUUAGCGGGCACGUAGCGAUAAUCCAAAAGUUUCAUACGGUUCUCCCAUUUUAUUCGCUUUGCUUUUCCUCGAGACGCCUGCUGUAUUUGGUUCAGAUAAAUUCUUUGUGAUUUGGGGUACAUGCGUAAAACGAUCCAGCGAGAAAUCAAUUUGUAUUUUUACUUGCAACUAAAUAAUAAGAGUUGAGAGUAUACUCUUGACUUGAAAUUUUCCAGCUCAGAUAUGCACGUGCCCCGUUAGCAGUCACAUUGAUGAAAACCCCUAAAUAGCUGUUUGGUUUAUUGCAUACGACGAGUAGUGUCUGAAAGCACAUUAAAAACCAGAUAUCCGCGCCGAAAUAAAAUCCAGGGCGCGCGAGGCCUCUGCGAUUAUCAUGCACGUGCGUAUGAGCUACACUAUUUUGACGGCAGCACGAAACGAGAUAUAGUCGUACUGUAACAUAACAAAUGUGACAAAUUUCGACUGUAUUUGUAUGUAAGCAUAUCUUUAA